CAAAACAUCACCUUGGUGAAGGAAUGGUGUCACAACGAUCUUAGCGCAACUUUAGUGCGCCGUGCACUCUCCCGAGGCCAGAGCGUGCGCUACUUGGUGCCUGACGCUACGCUUGAUGAAAUAUACGCAGCCGGGCUUUAUGGAGCCAGAUCUCAGACUCGUCAGACUAGUAUCAGCCAUUUGGUCGGUUCGGUAUCAGAUGCAGUUACUCUCCGCACGGAUCCCCGCUCUAGUACUCUGGGCGAUCGUGAAGUGGCUAAAGACGCAAGCCAAGGUGUGUGCACUAAGCCCAAGGAUCGAAGCAGAAGGCUGGGACACAAAGAUGUGACAGUUCCCCAGUCAUUGUCAUUAACCGAUAUCUGUGAAUCUCAAGAUUCCCAUUGGCGAUUUCACGAAGAAGCUAAUGAAGGAACCAAGGAGGCUGUGACGAAGGAGAAAAGAGAGGCGCACAAUAGGUUAGAAGAUAAGUUUGCAAGAUUAGCCCUGUGA